AUGUCCGAUACCGAACAAGACCAGAUUCCAGUUCAGGAUGCUCCUCCAGCUGAGGAUGCUCCAGUUAGCAAGCUUUUCGUUAGACCUAUUGGCUUCGAAACUCCUCAGGAGGCUAUCGAAAGCCACUUUGCUGACAUCGGACCACUUGUUGAGGUUCAAAUUAUGAGAGGUUACGCUUUUGUUACCUACGAAAGCCCAGAGGAUGCCUCUAAGGCUGUUGAGUCUUUGUCUGGUUCUGAUUUGGAUGGCCAGACCCUUCAGAUCGAAUUGGCCCACGGCCGUAAGGAGGAGACCCGCAACAGAAACCGUGUUAAGAUUACCAAUGUCCCAGAGAACACUGCUUGGCAAGACUUUAAGGACUUUGUCCGUGACAAGGGUAUGGAGCCAUCUUUCGUUAAGGUUUUCCGUGACUACGACACUGGUGAGACCAUUGCUGCCCUUGAGUUCGAAGAGGGUGAGGCGCUUGCUUCCGCCAUUGAGAACUUGAACGAUGCUGACUACGAGGGUGCUACUUUGCGUGCUGAGCACGACACCAGCCCUUACGUUCCACGCAGAAGAGGUAGAGGUGGAUUCAGAGGUGACUUCCGUGGUGGCCGUGGUGGCUUUAGAGGCGACUUCCGUGGUGGCAGAGGCGGCCGUGGUGGCGGAUUCAGAGGUGACUUCAGAGGCGGCAGAGGCGGCCGUGGUGGUGGAUUCAGAGGUGACAGAGGUGGAUUCAACCGCGAGGGUGGCUACAACCGUGAUGGUGGCUUCAGAGGCGGUAGAGGCGGCUACAACCGUGGGGACCGUGGUGAUGGUGGAUUUGAGAGAGACUCUUACACCCGUGACCGUUCUCCAACCCGUUACUAA